GGAAUCACACCUGGGUCCUCUGGGAGAACAGCAAGUGCUCUUUACUGCGGAACCAUUUCCUCAGCCUCAGGGGGCUCAAAUUUUUGACACUCUGUGUGUAUUAAUGAAUAGCUGAAAAGUACCACUGAUUUUGGUAUGAGAAGAAAUGUUAGGAAGUAGGUGGAUAAUGAAGAUCAAAUAUACUGGUGAAAUAAACAAACAUGAAACUGUGUCCAACACACAAAAAGCAGACUGAGUUUGGAUCCUCAGCACCCUGUAAAAGCCAGACGACAGUUUGCAAUGAGAGCAGUCCAAGCCAGUGUGGGACAGAUGAGUUCCUAUCUGAGACCUUCUGCUGCCAACUUUGUCCUGCUGGCACCCAUCUCAUUAAAUCAUGCCAGAGGAACCACAGCAAGAGUGAGUGUGUCCCAUGUGAGCUUGAAAACUUCAUGAACUACAAUAACAGGGAGUCUUCCUGCUUCCGCUGCUCUCAGUGCCGGGAUGACCAAGAGGAGGUGUCAGAAUGCUCCCAGACGGCUGAUCGUAAGUGCCAGUGCAAGCAGGGCGCCUACUGUAACUCUGAAAACUGUGUGGAGAAGUGCCUUCCAUGCAGCAGCUGUCCUAAGGACAAAGUCAUCAGGCAAUGCAACGCCACCAUGGACACACUAUGUGACACGUUCGAGUCAAACUCAGGGACGCCAGGUUAUCACCAUCUCUGCCUGUCUGGCCCUCUGACUGUUAUAGUUGUCAUAGCUGCAGUCAUCAUCAUCAUUGCUGCUAUCAUCGCCGUCAUUUGGUGUGUUUUAAAAAGAGUUUUUUCUUCGUCCACUGCACCAGGGAGUCUAAAUUCACCACGUGUUCCAGGAGAGGAGAUUCAGCUCUUGCCUGUGGAGGCCAGAAGAGGAUGCUGGAUCCCUUGGAACUGGAGUUACUGAUUCAUCCUGCAGAUGCUGGGAACUGAACCUAGGCUCCCUAGAUGAGCAGCCAGUGAGUUCUCUUAACACUGAGCCUGACCAGCAGCUCCUGAUUCUCUUUCCUCCACCUUAAACACCACCACACCAAUUUCCCAGGCUCUCUGGGUGCUAUGCCUGCAGUCCCCACCCUUGAAAUUCAUGCUGGUAUCUCCUGACCUUCCAAUUGCUGAGUGCUUAGCUCUCAUCAGAGUGGCAAUGCAGUCCCAGAAAGCCAGGGAGGUGUGGGUAUCCUGCAUCCGGGGGUUUAGAUGGCGCCAUGGUGUUUGUGUCCUCUUUAUGAGAGCCAAAGUCUGUGCUGGGAAGAGACUGAAGUUCUAGUGGUUUUGACACUGGGUAGAAACUGAGGCACAGAAAAUCAAAGGGAGGUGUUUUCUCUUUGUAACAGAUGACUACAAAGUGGGGCUCAACCCAUCAGGAAUCCACUGUCUUGCCCUUCCAGUGGUUAGAAGUCUGAGCCUAAGUGUGACUAAAGCUAGGUCUCUCAGUGGUUCAGAGGGUCUCUCCUGCUUUUCCAGAUUCUAGGAACUGCCAGUCCUUGGCUUGAGGCUGCUUGAGUUAGUCUGCCACCGUCUUCAGAUGGCCCUCUCCCUGCCUGACCAGUCCUUGGAGUGUGUCCUCACCUAUAAAAACUUAUCCAACUCAGAUCAUAGUUGCAGGCAACAGGUCAAGACAUGGGCUUGUCUUUUGGAAGCCACAGAACACCUCACAGCAGGCUUGUCCUAGGAUCUGGUCAGGCCCUGACUUCACAUGGUAUAGAUCUCCCUGGCUAGCUUCCCAGAUGCAUGGCAUCCCUUCUUCUCAACAUGCCUUGGGAGCUUGCCAGGCACUGCCCUAAAUGCUGGAGGCCUUGGUAGGGUAAGGAAGGAAAGGGCCAAUCUCCACAAACUGUUCAUCCUGAGCCUCUGGCCUCUCAAGAAGAGACCAGAAGUUCCUUCCAGAAGGAAGACUGAAGCCAUGUUGGGCUUGGCUGCUCUCUAUCUUGAGUAAUUGAUGAAUAGUAAGUUGUCCCAACCUGAGUCUUCUGACCACUGGGGAUUACUUGGGGACACAAAGAGCCUCUCAUAUAGGGAGACACAGAAUCACAGAAUUGCUGCAGCUUUCCUCCAGAAUAUGCCAGAAAUAUAAGUAGACUGUUGGUUGUUUUCUGUUUUUUUU